CAUACCCACACAUAUGUCGGUGUGAAAGACACCAUAUUUACCCUCUUUUUUUUUUCAGCUUCUUCUCACUUGUCCACACUCCCAACUCAUUUCCACCCUCCAUUUUCUCUCUUUUCAGUUCUGUUUCGACCCGACCCGAAUUCAUGGAAACCAACUCGGUUUCCAAAUGGGUUUUGCUUAUCUUGGUCAUACUUCAAAUGGGUUGUCACAAGAUUGAAUGUAGUGUGACUUAUGAUAGUAAAGCCAUUGUUAUCAAUGGUCAAAGAAGAAUCUUGAUUUCUGGUUCUAUACAUUAUCCUAGAAGUACUCCUGAGAUGUGGGAAGAUCUUAUAAUGAAAGCUAAAGAAGGAGGGCUUGAUGUGAUUGAAACUUAUGUGUUUUGGAAUGGUCAUGAGCCUUCUCCUGGCAAUUAUAACUUUGAAGGAAGAUAUGAUUUAGUGAGAUUCUUAAAGACGGUGCAAAAAGCAGGACUUUAUGCUCAUCUCAGAAUUGGGCCUUAUGUUUGUGCUGAAUGGAAUUUUGGAGGAUUCCCAGUUUGGUUGAAGUAUGUUCCUGGGAUUAGCUUUCGGACUGAUAAUGAGCCAUUUAAGAGGGCAAUGAAGGGGUUCACUGAGAAAAUUGUGAAUAUGAUGAAGAGUGAAAAACUGUUUGAAUCUGAAGGAGGUCCAAUAAUCCUGUCACAGAUAGAGAAUGAGUAUGGGUCUAUUGGAAAGACACUUGGAAGUGCUGGACAUAAUUACAUGACUUGGGCUGCAAAUCUGGCCGUUGGAUUAGGUACAGGUGUCCCAUGGGUCAUGUGCAAGCAAGAUGACGCCCCUGAUCCUAUUAUAAACACAUGCAAUGGUUUCUAUUGUGAUGCUUUCUCCCCUAACAAGGCUUACAAACCAACCAUCUGGACUGAGGCUUGGAGUGGAUGGUUCAAUGAAUUUGGUGGUCCUGUUCAUGAGAGACCCGUUCAAGAUUUGGCAUUCGGUGUUGCUCGCUUUAUACAGAAGGGCGGAUCAUUUUUCAACUACUAUAUGUAUCAUGGAGGAACAAAUUUUGGUCGCUCUGCUGGUGGCCCUUUCAUCACUACUAGUUAUGACUAUGAUGCUCCGCUUGAUGAAUAUGGUUUGAUCAGACAACCUAAAUACGGGCAUUUGAAGGAGCUUCACAAAGCUAUCAAGCAAUGUGAGCCUGCUCUAGUGUCUGCAGAUCCUACUGUGACUUCUCUGGGAAACCUUCAACAGGCACAUGUAUUCUCUUCAAAGUCAGGACACUGUUCAGCUUUUCUUGCUAAUUACAACACCGACAAAGCAGCAAAAGUGAUGUUCAACAACAUGCAUUAUAAUUUACCUCCAUGGUCAAUCAGUAUUCUUCCCGAUUGCACUAAUGUUGUCUUCAACACUGCUAAGGUUGGAGUUCAAUCUACAAAAAUGGAAAUGUUGCCUACAAAUUCUGAGUUGUUUACAUGGGAGACGUACAAUGAGGAUAUGACCACUGUUGAUGACAGCUCAACUUUCACUGUGUCGGGUCUAUUGGAGCAAGUCAAUGUCACCAGAGAUAAUAGCGAUUAUCUAUGGUAUACAACCAAUGUUGAAGUUGGUUCUUCUGAAUCAUUCUUAAGAGGCGGGGAGCAUCCCAAACUCUUGGUGCAGUCAACUGGUCAUGCUCUUCAUGUGUUUAUCAAUGGAGAACUGUCGGGUUCGGCUUUCGGAACACGUGAAAAUAGAAAAAUUACUUAUAAAGAAAAAGUCAAUCUCCGUUCUGGAAACAAUAAAAUAUCACUACUUAGUGUUGCCAUGGGAUUGCCGAAUAUUGGGGGACAUUAUGAAACCUGGGAGACCGGUGUCACAGGUCCAGUGGCUUUGUACGGUCUUGACCAAGGGAAACAAGACUUGUCGUGGGCUAAAUGGACCUAUCAGGUUGGUUUGAAGGGUGAGGCCAUGGAUGUUAUCUCCUCAAACCGUAUGUUUUCGGUCAAUUGGAUGCAGGGUUCACUUAUCGCUCAAAAACAACAGCCGCUAACAUGGCACAAGGCUUCCUUUAAUGCACCUAUGGGUGAUGAGCCGUUGGCGUUAGACAUGACCAGUAUGGGUAAAGGUCAAGUGUGGAUCAACGGUCAAAGCAUUGGAAGAUACUGGACCGCUUAUGCUACUGGUGAUUGCCAAGGGUGCCACUACGCUGGUUCUUAUCGCCCUCCUAAAUGUCAACUCGGAUGUGGUCAACCAACACAAAGAUGGUACCAUGUGCCGCGAUCGUGGUUAAAACCAACAGAUAAUUCUUUGGUGCUUUUUGAAGAACUUGGGGGAGACCCCACCCGUAUUUCACUAGUGAAGCGAACAACAACAACUGUAUGUGCUGAUAUGUUUGAAUAUCACCCAAACAUGCAGGAUUGGCAUAUUGAAAGUGAGGGUAAAACACAAGAGCUUCAUAGACCGAAGGUCCAUUUACACUGCGGUCCAGGCCUAACCAUUUCAGCUAUUAAAUUUGCUAGCUUUGGAACUCCGUUGGGAACAUGUGGCACUUUCCAACAAGGAACUUGCCAUGCUCCUGCAUCUUACGAUGUCAUUCAAAAGAAGUGUAUAGGGAAAGAGACAUGUGCCGUGACUAUAGCAAACAGCAACUUUGGUCAAGACCCGUGUCCAAACAAACUGAAGCGCUUGACAGUUGAAGCCGUUUGUUCUUAGAGUUCAAGCGGUUGAGUGGAAAGAAGACACGAAUUGGAAAUACUAAUCAACAAAUUUGUGAUUUAGUGUAGCUUAUUUAUCUGGUAUUUAAUCACAUUAGAAGUUAUUUUAGGGUGUAUAUCAUUGAAGAUCCCAGGGGUUUUCCAAAUUGCGAACCUCGUGAUGGAUCGAUCCAAAGAGCUGGUUGUCUGGCAUUUUAGACCGGAAAGUAGAACCAGUUUGUUUACUGCAAAACAAAUAUUUGGUGUGAUUUAUUUGGAGUUGUUUGUAUGUUGUCAAGAUGGGGGAAAUUGAAACCCCACAGUUAGGUUCAGAUUUUAGGAAUGGAUCCUAUACUGAACAUUUAUGUUAAUUGUGUGCAGUUUUUUAAUGAAAUAUAAUGUCGAGACACGUCCAUUAUUUA